ACAAGUACAGCCUCUCACAGAGAGCUUCUUUCACACCCUUCGUUUUCUUUCGUUUCAUUUUCCUUUCCUACUUGGUCUAUAAAUAUUCACCCUAAAUGUAGUACUCCAACCACGUAAACUCAUAGUUAAACACGUUACCCAGUAGCAAAACCUACCAUGUCUCCUACAAUGAUUGUCAUCCUCUGUGCUUUCCUCGCUUCUCUCUGGUUCAUUUCCUUUGUACUCACAAAGGCCGACCAAAAACACACCAAAAAUGGCCGGAAACUUCCACCGGGACCCCAACCGCUACCCAUCAUCGGAAACCUGCAUCAACUCGGAAACCUUCCACACCACAACCUUCAAAAACUGGCUCAAAAAUACGGACCCAUUAUGUCAUUACGGCUUGGCAGUGUCCCAACCAUCGUUGUGUCAUCCCCACAAACCGCUAAUCUAUUCCUUAAGACUCACGACACCAAUUUCGCAAGUCGACCGAAGCUUCAAGCUUCCGACUACUUGACGUUUGGAAGAAAAGGGAUUGCUUUCGCCGAAUAUGGUCCAUAUUGGCGCAACAUGAGGAAGCUAUGCACUUUACAGCUUCUAAGUGCAUCGAAAACUGAGUCAUUUUCAGGGUUGAGGAAGGAAGAGCUUGGAUCGAUGGUGGAGUCGGUGAAGAAGUUGGCGGUAGCCGGUGAGGUUGUCAAUGUCAGUCGGAAAGUUGGUGAGCUUGUGGAGGAUAUAGCCACGGUGAUGAUAUUGGGAAAGAGAAAAGAUGAUAGGUAUGAAUUGAAGGGACUUGCAGAGAAGGUUUUGAACUUGAUUGGAGCUUUCAAUCUUGGUGAUUAUGUGCCAUUUCUUGGGGCCCUUGAUCUUCAGGGAUUCAAAAGGCAUACAAAGGAAGUUAGCAACUCCAUCCACCAAGUGAUAGAGAAGAUCCUUACUGAGCAUGAACAAGACAACAACAGCCAACAAAGGGACUUUGUUGACAUACUACUCCCAUUGAUGAACCAACCUAUAAAUCCCCAGGACAUGCCCGUUUACCCAAUCGAUCGAACAAAUAUCAAAGCGAUAUUACUCGACUUGAUCGUGGCUGCAUUUGAUACCUCAGCCACCGCCAUUGAGUGGACAAUGUCGGAACUUAUAAGGCACCCAAGGGUAAUGAAACUACUUCAAGAUGAGCUAGAAAGUGUUGUUGGCAUGGAUAAAAUGGUGGAAGAAAAGGAUUUGGGAAAAUUGAGUUACUUAGACAUGGUAGUGAAGGAGAGCUUUAGGUUGCACCCAGUUGCACCUUUACUAGUACCCCAUGAGAGCAUAGAGGACACUACCAUUGAAGGAUACUACAUACCCAAGAAAUCAAGAAUCAUAGUGAACACUUGGGCAAUAGGACAUGACCCAAAUGUGUGGUCCAAAAAUGUGGAAGAAUUUUACCCAGAAAGAUUCAUGGAUAGUAAAAUAGACUUAAAAGGGCAUGAUUUUGAACUUCUUCCAUUUGGGUCAGGUCGAAGAAUGUGCCCAGGAAUGCAAUCGGGUUUAAUUACUGUCCGAUUGGUUUUGGCUCAAUUGGUACAUUGCUUUAACUGGGAGCUUCCUCAUGGCUUGAAUCCCAAAGACAUUGACAUGACAGAGGUGUUCGGAUUGACUGUGCCAAGAGCCAAUCAUUUGGUUCUUAAGCCUACUUAUCGAUUGCUUUGCUAAACCAAGUCUUUAUUACGCUUUUCAUAAUAAAAAUAAUUGUAACUUAAUAUCUUUCUAAUUUAGACGGAUUGUUUUUAAGAAUAAGUUUAAAACAUUGCAAUUUAGAUUUUCUAAUUUCAUA